AUGGCACGAGGAAGAGACGCUGAACAGUUUCCUGCUACUUUGUUACCGUCGGUGAAACAUAUUGGACAGAAUGGCAUCAGUAUAAGUCAGAAUGAGAAGAAGAAACCUGAUGUGUCUGUGUGCAGUAAAAUCUGUUUUGCGAUUGGAGGAGCGCCGUAUCAGAUCACAGGAAGUGCUUUGGGCUUCUUCCUGCAGAUGUACCUGCUCGACGUGGCUCAGUUGGAGCCAUUCUAUGCGUCCAUUAUCCUGUUUGUGGGGCGAGCAUGGGACGCUGUGACAGAUCCCACUGUGGGUUUUCUGGUCAGUCGCAGCCCGUGGACAAGGCAUGGUCGUAUGAUGCCAUGGAUUGUAGUUUCCACACCGUUUGCAGUACUAAGCUAUUUUCUAAUCUGGGUGGUUCCUCCAGUGGAUAAUGGCAAGAUUAUUUGGUAUUUAUUUUUCUACUGCAUCUUUCAGUCUCUACAAACGUGUUUUCAUGUUCCGUACUCUGCUCUGACUAUGUUCAUCAGUUCAGAACAAAAAGAGAGAGAUUCAGCCACUGCGUAUCGUAUGACUGUAGAAGUUUUUGGGACUGUACUGGGAACUGCCAUUCAGGGUCAGAUAGUGGGUGGAGCCAAGAUAAAUUGUUUAAAUUACACCUCUAAUGAUACACAGCUCAGCUCUGAGGUCAACUCUUCCAUUUCACUGGAUGAUACGAAGCGAGCAUAUAUGCUGGCGUCUGGUGUGAUUUGUAUCAUCUACAUUCUUUGUGCUGUUAUUCUUUUCCUGGGAGUUCGAGAACAUCGGGGUGUUGCAUGUGUGAAAGAAGAGCAGCGUUUAUCGUUUGUGGAAGGGUUACAGCUGCUGCUGAAACAUGGUCCAUAUGUUAAACUGGUCAUGGGCUUCCUCUUUACAUCCCUGGCCUUCAUGUUAAUAGAGGGGAACUUCGCUCUGUUCCUGAUCUACACAUUAAGACUGCGUGAAGACUUCCAGAACAUCCUGCUGGUUAUAAUGCUGUCAGGAACUGUCACUAUACCCUUAUGGCAGCUGUUCCUUACACGGUUUGGUAAAAAGACCGCCUUCUACGUUGGCAUCUUGUGGGCAGUCCCCUUUAUGAUCCUGGUGGUGUGUAUUGAGAGUAAUCUGACUGUAUCAUACAUCGUGUCAGUAGCAGCGGGUGCUAGUGUGGCAGCAGCAUUUCUCUUACCAUGGUCAAUGCUGCCCGAUGCUGUGGAUGAUUAUAGAGUUAAGAAUCCCAACUCUCAUGGUCAUGAGGCCAUCUUCUAUUCCUUUUAUGUUUUCUUCACCAAGUUUGCAUCUGGAAUCUCACUGGGAAUCUCCACCCUCAGUCUACAUUUUGCAGGUUAUGUUACAGGAGCUUGUGUACAGCCUGAUUCAGUGAAUUUAACCCUGAAGCUGCUAAUGUCAGCUGCACCCGUCUUCCUUAUCAUUGUUGGCCUUCUCAUCUUCAGGCCGUACCCAAUCAAUGAAGAAAGAAGAAGAUACAACCGAAACCAAUUGCUCAACAUAAUGCAAAAUGGCAGUGAACCGGAAUCGGACACCUCUGGAGCUUCUCAAAGUACUGUCUGACAUGUACAGAUUGGUGUUGUGAUGACGAUCUGAACAACUUCAAAUGCCUUAUGAAUUUUUUUCA